CAUCGCCAAACGCAGUCGACGAGCUUCGGCAUCGAGCUUACCUACUCUUGCACAGUUAUAGAGUGUCGACCACCGCUACUGCUCCAUCCAGCCGCAUCGGGCCUUUCGCAUGCCAGGCGGCAAGCUUUGCACCCGCACGACCUUUGCGCCGUUGUCGGUAAACCGAUAGAUUUGUCCACGAGCUCCCGCAGCGACGUCCCCUCGACGGUGCCAUUCGCAUUAUAGCUUUGACGACGACGGUCGCUAUUGCGCGACUUCCUGAGACAUCGACAACGUUUGACCGCCGGUCGUACCGCCGAAUCGACUUCUCGCAACGCCAUCUGCUGAUACCGUCUCCCCCUCCCCCUCUUCCUCCCCCCUCUUCCCUCCUUGUACCAACAUCCGACCGACGUCUCGCAUAAACGAUUUUAAACAUGGCUGGGCUAUUCAGAAAGGUGUAUGACUGGUUGUUGAGGACGUUUUGGGCGAUGGAAAUGGAAGUGACCAUGGUUGGUCUGCAAAAUGCCGGAAAGACAUCGUUGCUACGAGUGCUGGCUGGUGGAGAGUUCACUCUUGACUCGAUUCCGACCGUCGGGUUCAAUAUGAAGCGUGUGCAACGGGGGCAUGUUACACUAAAAUGUUGGGAUAUCGGUGGGCAGCCGCGUUUUCGCACCAUGUGGGAGCGGUAUUGCCGAGGUGUCAACGCCAUCGUCUUCAUCGUAGACAUUGCGGAUGUAGAGCUCAUUCCCCAGGCCAAGGAGGAGCUUCACUCCCUCAUGGCCCACCCGUCCCUUGGGGGAAUCCCCCUGCUCGUUCUCGGCAACAAGUCUGACCUCCCAGAGAAGCUGUCCGUCGACGAGCUGAUUGAUGAGCUGGACCUGAAAAGCAUCCAGCACCGUGAGGUUUGCUGCUACGGCAUCAGUGCUAAGCACGAGACAAAUCUCGAUGCCGUGGUACAGUUCCUGGUGAAGUGGGCUGGUCGAUGA